GCGCGCUGCGAAGCGGACCUGCGGACUGUAGCUAGUGAGGCACCCGCCGGCCCGGAAGGGGCUGAUGAGAACUAGGGCCACGGCAGCCAUCGCGCUUUGCAGUUCUCUCCGGGUGUACGGCCACCGCCAAGCAGGGGAUUGCGUUCUCUCCGGUUGCAGACCCUAUCAGAUUUGGAUAUGUCCUUCAUAUUUGAUUGGAUUUACAGUGGUUUCAGCAGUGUGCUACAGUUUCUAGGAUUAUAUAAGAAGACAGGUAAAUUGGUAUUUCUUGGAUUGGAUAAUGCAGGAAAAACAACACUGCUACACAUGCUAAAAGAUGACAGACUUGGACAACAUGUCCCAACAUUACAUCCCACUUCAGAAGAACUGACCAUUGCUGGCAUGACGUUUACAACUUUUGAUCUGGGUGGACAUGUUCAAGCUCGAAGAGUGUGGAAAAACUACCUUCCUGCUAUCAAUGGCAUUGUCUUUCUGGUGGAUUGUGCAGACCAUGAAAGGCUGUUAGAAUCAAAAGAAGAACUUGAUUCACUAAUGACAGAUGAAACCAUUGCUAAUGUGCCUAUACUGAUUCUUGGGAAUAAGAUCGACAGACCUGAAGCCAUCAGUGAAGAGAGGUUACGAGAGAUGUUUGGUUUAUAUGGUCAGACAACAGGAAAGGGGAGUGUAUCUCUGAAAGAACUGAAUGCCCGACCCUUAGAAGUUUUCAUGUGUAGUGUGCUCAAAAGACAAGGUUACGGAGAAGGCUUCCGCUGGAUGGCACAGUACAUUGAUUAACACAGACCCACCGUGGUCCAGGUCUCAACGUUCAGGCUUACUUAGAGAUUUGAUUGCUCAACAUGCAUAACUUGAAUUUAAUAGACUUUUGCUGGUUAUAAAACAUGUUUUUUAGAUUAUUAGUAUUAUAUCAACUUAAUUGGAGUGAGAAUUGAAAACUGAUUCAAGUAAGUUUGAAUAUCACAAUGUUAGCUUUCUAAUUCUGUAAAAGUAAUUGGUUUUUACAGUUUAUAAUCUGACAUCACCCAAGCGCCAUUUAUAAAGAGCAACUUUCCAGCAGUACAUUUGAAACACUUUUUAACAACAUGAAAUUAUAAAUAUAAACCAUAUUUAAAAGCUCACCAUGUUAAAUUUUUUAUGUACUUUUUUGGAACUAGUUUUUAAAUUUUAGAUUAUAUGUCCACUUAAGUGUACAGUUAAUAAUUAGCUUAUUCAAUGAUUGCAUGAUGCCUUACAGUUUUCAGUAACAUUUUUUCUUAUGCAAACGUCAUGCAAUAAAACAAACUCAAUGUUUGGCAUCCUUGUUGGGCAAAUGUUUCAUUUAAAUGUGUCUUAUCUAGUUAGUAUACUCUGAAAAUUUUAGUAUUUAAUAUUAGACAUAUGAGGUGAUUGUUGGGAAAGGAGAUUCCUUCAGAAUAUUUAGAUAGCAUUUAAGCCUCUCAAGGCUUUUAUAUUUACCAUGAGACGGUUGUGGUCAGUUGCACCUGAUACCACGUAUCACUGAAUCAUGUGUAUUUUUAUUAGCGAUGUGGCCACUACCAUUGCUGAUGGGGUCUGUGUCCUAGUCCCUGUGGGAUUGGCCUUCUGAAGAAAAGCACAUUUAUGGUACACAAGGUUGAUUAUCAGUUUGGUAGGCCCUAUAGUUCCAUCCCAGUUGUCUGAUUCUGAAGUGCUCCAGUCUUAUUGGUGCCCAAUUGGGUAAUCUGUGCCUCUUCCCCAAAAGUAAUGACAGGCCCCAGUCUCUCCACAUUUAGAUGUACUCCCGGUCUCUUUACAUUUAACGGUACUCCCUGGGGCAAGCAACAAGUAGGCUCUUGUGUGCAGUUUCACUGCAGAGACCUGCAUAUCUGAGGACUAAAACAGCUUGUUCUGCAUCAGUCUGAGAUAUGCGGAGAUUUUGUUCCUAUCCUAUAGCUCUUUUCUAUUCUUUGGCAUAUUUUAUUUUCUGAUAGAAGAAAACAAGUGCUGGUUUCUAAUUUUCUUUUUUCUUAUUUGCUCUCAGGUAGUUCUUACUUUAUAGAACAAAGACUUUUUGUUUGGCUUUUUUUGUUUUGUUUUGUUUUAGAGACAGUGUUUCACCAUGUUGACCAGGCGGUGUCAAACACCUGACCUCAAGUGAUCUGCCCGCCGUGGCCUCCCAAAGUGCUGGGAUUACAGGUGUGAGCUACCAUUGCCUGGCCUGACUUUUGUUUUUAGAUAUUAUGCUUGUCAUGUGAUAGGGCCUGCAAACCUCAUUGCCAGGCUUACUAAGAAAAAUUUAGUUCUUCAAAAGCAUUAUAGUUUCCUAAGAAAUUGAAUUUUUUUUAUGUUUGAGAUUCCAUCAUUAGUAAGAUAAGAUGAAAGGUAACUGCCAAAAAUGUAUUUUUUAAAGACUCUCAAGUUUAAGAUUUCUCUUCUGAUUAUAAGCCAAGUUUUAUAAUGUAUUGAACCAAUUCCAUCAUGAAUAAUUUUAAUAUCAAAAAUUAGUGUUUUCUGUAGCCGUUGUCCAUGUUACAGUUACAGUCCUUUUUGUCAUCGAUAAUAUAACCUAUCAAGCAGAUAAGGAUUGAGGAAUAUGACUGGAAGGAAUUACUAGUUAGCUAAACUGACAGGGUCUCUUCUUAAGAUGACGUUUGAUUUCAGUACUCUGACUUUUCUGAUUCACUUUCAUCUUCUUUCUAAAUGAAAAUGAAAGAGCUCCCUCCCUUCCUAGAAACGUCAGUAACACUAAGGGAAAAGUAGUGACAUUGCAGCCCAUUUAUUUCUUCUUCCAGGUAGGUUUCAAGUGCUUACUCCUUCAGUGCUGACUAAAUAGAACUAAGCCUUAUGAAAAGUAACUGCCUCUUGUUCCUAUUAUCUGUCUUCAGUACCUUCAGGGACAUGCCUUUCUUCAAGUAUUUUCUAGAGUAUCCAUUGUGAUACCGAAGAAGUUAAUUAUUUGUGUUGUAAAUUGGUAUGAAGGAAACAAUGUCCUGGUUUCUCUAGCCAGGAAAAAUGCUUCCUGGUAUAUUAUCUCUCUCAGUCCAGAACCCUCAUUCUAAUUGUAACACUAAGAUCAAAGAAACAAAUAGUCACUUUGUAGACCACAGCUAAACUCUGGAUAUUUUCCCAAAGAUGGAAGAUUUUUAUGGCUCCAGCCUCUAGAAAGGAAGCUAUGUUUAGCAGCAACCAGCUUUCCUUCCAGCUCCAAGAGGCAGAGUUCCUGAGCCAGUGGACUUAACGUCUAGCUCUGAGAACCUCUCUGUAGUAUAUGCACUGGGUACUGCUCUUUUUCAAAAGAGCCAAAUUAAGAAGAUGGCAAGAAACAGUAGAAGCACAGAAGGAAGACAACUCUGUAUGUGCCUAUGUGGAUAUGUGCAACUGGGGAGUAUUUUCCAGGUACAUACUAGUACUAGGGACAUAUGCUAAUUUUGUGUCCCACACCGUAAAAUGUUAGGGUGUGGUUGUUAACACAGUGGUAUACAAGUUCAGACUGGAUUCAGGCACUCUCCAAAAGAUUUUUUUUAAAUCUAAAGUCUGAAAUGUAAAAAUAUAAGGUCUCAACCCACUUUUACACUUUUAAAGAGAUUCUUACCCCCACCUGUUUCACUGACUGCUGUUAAUUACAGUUUUGGAUCAUAGGUGGUUAAAUUGACACACUUCAGUUUAUCUCAGUGAAUUUUUGGAAUGGACAUUAUAGCAUUUUUUAAAAUUGGGGAAUAGACAUUUCCUAAAGUAUGUGAAAAAAAAUACUCACUGUUGGCUUGGUUAAACCAGUAUCUUUGUAUGAGUGCCAAAGAUGUGUGAAUGCAGAUACUGCCUGUGUAGACCUAAAUUUUAGUUUGGUGUGCCUGCAUCCAUAUACAAUUUUUUUGUGGUUUAUAGCAUAAAAGCAGAACAUUGUUUUUUUUUCUUAGUUUUCAACCGGCUCAUACUACUUUAUAGUGCUUUCCAAGUAUAUAAACUACUUGUAAAUCAUUAAAAUAAGGGAUAACUGUGAUAAUAGUGUUUCUUGCCUUCUAGAAAAUGAUUUUAUUAGCUACAUUCAAAACCAAGCAUCUUCACAGGUUCCAUCAUUAGAAACAGUAUAGUUCUAGUUAACAUGAUUAGAGAGUUUCAGGGAAAAGGCUUAUAUUUUCUGAAACUGUAUUUGGUAUGUGACUCAAUGUGGUAUUUUGGUCUUGUUAGUCACUUAUAUGAUUGAAGUUUGCAAGGAUUUAUUGCCAAGUAAAGUUUGACCAGAGUGUACUGAGAAUAGCUACAUAAAGGGAAAUCUCUCAAAAUUCCUUCUGUUCAUUUAAUUUGGAGCAUAUUAUUUCAAUAGUUUUAAACAUGUAAAAAGUUGGUGAAGCAUCAAAAAAUCUUCAAGAAACAAAGAAAAAAUAGAAAUUAGCUAACAAAUUCCUUAAUGCAAAAUUAAUAGGUCAUAAAAUGUAGUCUAUAUUAAAAGCCAGAGGCUCUGCUAUAAAUGUAAGAGUUUAGAAAAACAGUGUACUUCAAUUAAGGACUAAAUUAUCAAAAUGGCAUGUUUGGUUUUCUUUUCUUUUUUUUUUUUUGAGACGAAGUCUUGCUCUCUUGCCCAGGCUAGAGUGCAGUGGCAUGAUUCUUUGCUCACUGCAACUUCUAACUCCCAGGUUCAAGCAAUUCUCAUGCCUCACCACCCCGAGUAGCUGGGAUUACAGGUGCACCCCACCAUACCCACCUAAUUUUUAAAUUUUUAGUAGAGAUGGGGUUUCACCAUUUGGGCAGGCUGGUCUUGAAUACCUGACCUCAAUUGAUCUGCCCACCUCAACCUCCCAGAGUGCUGGGGUUAUACUCGUGAGCCACUGUGCUGGCCUAAAACUACAUGUUUAUGCUUCUGGUCAUUUCUAUUAUUAUCCUUCUUUUGAAAUUUAAGUUAGUGCUUUUUAACCAAAUAAAAGAAGAACCACCUCUUUGAAUAUAUGACUCUGCCUCUGUGUAAAGUGACUGGGAUUUUGUUAAAACCGUGUUUCUACUUCUAAACCCUGUAACCAUUCCCCCUCAGAAAUCCCCUCCCAACACCUGGAUUUUAAAGAUCCUCCAGUGUUAAGGGAAGCUACAGAGUCUAUUAAAGAUGCAGCUCUGAACCAAUUAAUUUUUGUCCUUAAAAUGUAAAGCAUUAAGUAGCUAAUAUAUUUAAUGCCACUAAUUGUUGUUCAGGGCUUUCAGCAUACUAUUAAACAGAAUCCAAAGUAAUCAAAAGAAAGUAAGUGAAUUUAUCCAAAGCCAACUUUGUUUCUGGUGUGUUCCCUGCCCCAAAUAGAUUUUAGGGCAGAAGUAGAAAACUGAAUUUACACAGAAGUAUUUUUGGAAAAACUGCAGCACUACGAAGUAGAUGGAUUCUUCUUCAGUAUACUUUUUUUUUUUUUGAGAUGGAGUCUUGUUCUGUCAUCCAGGCUGGAGUACAGUGGUGUGAUCUCCACUCACUAUCACCUCCACCUCCCAGGUUCAAGUGACUCUCCUGCCUCAGCAUCCUAAGUAGCUGGGAUUACAGGUGCCCACCACCACAGCUGGCUAAUUUUUGUGUUUUGAGUAGAGACAGGGUUUCACUGUGUUGUCCAGGCUUGUCGAACUUCUGACCUCAUGUGAUCUGCCUGCCUUGGCAUCCCAAAGUGAGUGCUAGUAUUACAGGUGUGAACCACUGCACCUGGCCAGCAUGCAGUUUAAAUAGUGGCUUAGAUUUAGUUUAAAAUAUUUGGGGGUGAAAGGCAGGAAUAGUUCUGUUUUUGACAAUACAGGUUUUCUUUGGGAUUGUUUUCAUUUUUGAGUAUAGAUUCAUGUCAGAAUGGCCAAUUAACAUGGGUUUCUGUAUUCCCUGGUGUUGCUCCCAACCUGAACUCACAAUCAGUUGCCAUACUGAGGCAAGAACACUCAGGGUGAAUGUAGUCAGGUUACUUUAAAAGUGACAAAGUAUUUUUCCAUGGUGAGGCCUUUAGUAUUUGGCUGAAUGUAAAGUAUGCUGAAGUGGUAAAUCGAGGGUAAGUUGUUAAUCACUAACCUUGUUUGCACUUUUGUCCACUGCUGCUUGCACUAGGAUCUUGGUGUGAAUGUUCAGUUGUUUUACAGUGUAUACAGAUUAUUAAGCAUAAUUUAUAUAAAGAUGUUUCUGUUUACCUUUGUGUGUUUUACAACAAAGAGCUAUAAUAGAUGGUUAAAUGUUUUUGAAUUGUGUUUAUAUGUUAUUUUGAUUAUGUUCUAUUAUGUUUUCACCUAUGAAUUUGAGUGUCAGGAAGGGAAAAAUAAAAUGCUAAUCUGGUCUUGAAGAA